CGUAUGACGUACUUCCUCUAAGUAUCGGCUACGGGGAAACAACAUCGAAACGACCCCAGCCUUAAGCGAAAACACAAAAUACUCGCGUCUUUACCGACUGGCACCACCUGCGAAGUAUUCCCCGAAAGACUUAACACCACCAACACAAAAUGCCCCAGAACGAGCACAUUGAGUUACAUCGCAAGCGGCAUGGCCGCCGCUUGGACCACGAUGAAAGGAAAAGGAAGAAGGAGAGCCGUGAGGCCCAUACGCGUUCCCACAAAGCCAGGACGCUGAUUGGAUUGAAGGCCAAACUGUACAACAAGCAGAGACAUUCAGAGAAGAUCCAGAUGAAGAAGACCCUCAAAAUGCAUGAACAGAGGAGAACCAAGCAGAAGAACGACGAUAAGACCCCAGAGGGAGCAGUGCCAGCCUACCUGCUGGACCGAGAGGGACAGUCCCGAGCAAAGGUCCUCUCCAACAUGAUCAAACAGAAGAGGAAAGAGAAGGCUGGCAAAUGGGAGGUGCCCCUGCCAAAGGUGCGUGCCCAGGGAGAGACAGAAGUACUUAAAGUCAUCAAAACUGGAAAGAGACAAAAGAAAGCCUGGAAGAGAAUGGUCACCAAAGUUUGCUUUGUCGGAGACGGCUUCACCCGUAAACCCCCCAAAUAUGAGCGUUUCAUCAGACCCAUGGGUUUGCGUUUUAAGAAAGCUCACGUCACACAUCCAGAGCUGAAAGCCACAUUCUGCCUUCCCAUCCUGGGAGUGAAGAAGAACCCCUCCUCCCCCCUCUACACCGCCCUGGGAGUCAUCACAAAAGGAACAGUGGUGGAGGUCAAUGUCAGCGAGCUGGGCCUGGUUACACAAGGAGGAAAGGUGAUCUGGGGUGAGUGCUCCUCUUUGGUGUACUUCAUGUGUUUCUGCACAGUGGCUGCAGAUAACAUUAGGCUACGCUAAUAUUAGUGCUGGGGGGAAA